AUUUGGUGUUGCAGAUUUUGAACUAAUCACUUCAAAUUUGUUUAUGGUCAUCCGUAAAAAAGAAGCAAAAUGGCAUUGAGUUCUAUAUCAUGCACAGGGAUUUAUGAGGAAUUGAACACCAAAGGUGAAACACUAAGAAAGAUGCAACACAAAAAUGUUACCCUUUCACUUGGCCGUAAUGAAUUCAAGGAUGUAAUUUUGUGCAUUAAUUUCCCAAGCAAACGAGAAAUGAAAUACACUCUCAGGGAAAUGCAAAUUCACAAGAAGUUUGCCAAAGAUGGAAAAGCUACAAUUAAGUUGCCGAAUGAGAGUGCGCAAGUUAUGAUUUCAAAUUGUGCCCCAGAUCAAUUGAUAAUGUUUUUAAAAACUAUGACAACAAAACUGGAAUGCUUAAGAAAGAAAGGUUUUGUGAGUGAUCGACUGAAAUGGAAGUCAGAUUUGCCUCGGACAUUUGAUGAAAUAAGUCCACUGACUUUACGAGAUUUGAAAGAAGCGAAUGAGGUGAAAGUGAAAGCAGCGGAAAGGUUGGAGGAUUUUACUCCGAAGGGGAAAAGAAAACGUAUGGCAAGUGAUGAAAAAGAAAAUAUGCAGCCCACUGGAGCAAAGAUGGCGAGGAAAUUGAUUACAACAACAGAUGAAAAGGGAGCAAUCGGUCUCCGAGACUCAAGUCGCCUGUUGGCUGCUAUCGAGAAUCCGGUGAAGUUGAACAAAGAACAGAAUGCUGUGCUCGAAGCUGUUAGGAGUGGUCGCAACAUUUUCUUUACGGGCAGUGCAGGAACCGGAAAGUCAUUCCUUCUGCGAAGAAUCAUUGGUGCCCUAGCCCCUCAGCACACAUUUCCGACAGCCAGUACCGGAGUUGCAGCCUGUCAUAUAGGGGGAACAACUCUGCACCAGUUUGCUGGUGUUGGCUCCGGACAGGGUAGCCUAGAACAGUGUAUAGAGCUUGCCUCGCGCACCCAGAUAGCUCAGCAGUGGCGUAAAUGUCACCACCUCAUCAUCGACGAAAUCUCCAUGGUUGAUGGUGACUUCUUUGACAAACUGGAAACUGUGGGCAGGGUAAUCCGGAAGUCUGAUAAGCCAUUUGGCGGGAUCCAGCUGAUUAUCUGCGGCGAUUUUCUGCAGCUACCUCCGGUCACCAAGGGAGAAGAGCGACGCAAGUUCUGCUUUCAGUCAAAGGCUUGGAGAAAGUGUAUAGAUAUGAACAUGGAGCUGACAGAUGUACGCAGACAGUCAGACAAAACUUUCAUCAGCGUCUUGCAGAACAUUCGUAUGGGAAGGUGUCCUGAAUUUGUAUACACAACACUACGAGGAACAGCGCAGAAUAACAUCCAACAGAACGGCAUUCUCGCCACACAGCUGUGUACGCACAAGGAAGAUGUGAACCAGAUCAACAACUUUCAGCUGAAAAAACUCACAGGGCCCUCCAAGUCCUAUGAAGCAACAGACAGUGAUGAGGUUUAUCUGAAGCAGAUCAACUUCUUAUCACCCGUGCCGGCAACACUGACCUUGACUGUAGGGGCCCAGGUAAUGUUGGCGAAGAAUGUUGACAUCACAAAGGGGCUGGUAAAUGGAGCCAGGGGUGUGGUCAUUGGAUUUGAGACGGGGUCGGAAUGCAACCCAAUUGUUAAAUUCCUGUGUGGCCUCGAGACAGCUGUGAAGCCUACAAGGUGGACGUUCAAGGUCUCUGGCGGUGUAUUACUCACCCGUAAACAGAUACCUCUCAAGCUGGCCUGGGCAAUCUCCAUACACAAGAGUCAGGGCAUGACCUUAGACUGCGUAGAAAUCUCAUUAUCCAAAGUGUUCGAGUCUGGCCAGUCAUACGUUGCCCUAUCUCGUGCCAAAAGCCUCGAGGGACUGAGAGUUCUCGAUUUUGAUCGGAAAUGCGUGCGGGCUGAUCCAGAGGUGCUGAAAUUCUACCACAAAAUGGGACUCAAACAAAAGAUGUUGUCUGGCACAAUUGAGCUAGAGAGCGAUAUUAAAAGGCCAAAGCAUUGGUGAUGGACAGAGCUGUGGCAGAACUGUGAUUGCAGGAUUUUUAUUAUCUAAAAACACUUGUGAUGUUUUGCUCAGGUAGUGCUCAUUCUGAUAUUGUGAGUGAAUUAUUGAAUGACUUUCUUGCAAUAAACUUUAUUUCAGGUUUUCGGUCUUCGAAAAUUUCUGCAUAUUCCAUCCAGUUCAAAUUCAGGUUUUUCCUUAUAUAUAUUCAAAUGGAAGUUUAAAACUUAGUCUGUGAAAUUAAAAAUAUUAAUUAUUCUUUAUAUCAUAUAUGAAUUAUGAUAAAUUUUCACUUUGAUAUUUGAAAAGGGUUUAAGUAUGGCAUUUUUCUAUGUAAAACCGAAGUAACUAUUUAUAGUUUUUUUGUUUUGCCUUUGUGCAGGCAAGAAUCAUUGAAAAACCCAUCAAGUUAGGAUAAUGAUUAUAGGUUAAGGCUUGAACAUAUUAUUUUUUGAUGAUAUUGUAAUUUGUAAGUGACAAAAUGACUUUUUUACCUGAAUGUGUUAAUUAUAAUCGAAAAAGUAAAAGCUUUGUGAUAUUUUUGGUUGUACCAUCAGUAUUAUUUGCACAAUAACUUUGUUUGUGUUAACCAUGUUUAUCACAUUAUUUUUCUUGUUUCGUGCAGAACAUCUCUGUGACAUAACUUAACAUUGACAUCAUUUUGCUUUAUAAAUUUAGCACAGAUAAAAUAAGCAUGUUUGAUGGCGAAUAAGUCAUGUGGUAAUUAGAAUCAUACACCACAAGUUCACGUUUAAUGCAAACAAAACUAACUUGUAACAGAAAAUUAUUAAAGCUCCAUAGCCAAAUGUUACCUUUAUAUUUAUUUAUCUAAUUUCAUGAUUUAUUUUUGUUUUAAAUGACAACUCGUUUAAGACAACAAAAUUUGAAAUUCAAUUCUCCACCACUGAUAAUUCAAAAACCAUGAUAACCGGUAUAUGUCGAUACGAAAGGUAAGAAGGUUUGUUCUACAAAUUUGUAAUCAUGUUGUAAGUAGAUUGAAUAUGCACUCACAAUUUAUGAUUGUAUGAUAAACAAGAUCUCACAAUUUUUUGGAAUAGUCUGCAUUGUCUUUCAUGAUUGUAGUAUUGGCAGUUCAAAAAUUAAGGAUAAGGCUAAAUAACAACAAAAAUGUUUGUUUCAGGUUUUGAUCAACCAUAAUUUUAUUAUCGACCAAAGUUUGGACUGUUAAUUUUCUCCUUUGGGUAUAUCACCUGAAGUUACAAAUACCGCAAAGACACCUUAAAUUUUUGUGUUUAUACGGCCCUCUUGUUAACCUGGACUUGGACAAAACAGCGGGGAAAAUAAUGAGAGAAAAAAAUCUACCAACAUUAUUAUUUUUGUAAGUGAAAUCAGAAACAAACAAAUUUUUAUGUUUUUGCCUUACAAUCCCACUUAAAGACCUCCACAAUAAGAAUUUCAUUAUUAUAAUUCUCGAAUUUCAGUGUAGAAUUUAAAGAAAAUUGGCCAAUUAAACAUCAAAUGAUAUUUAAUACCAUAGCUUCGAUUCAUUUUUUCCAACCAAAGUGUCAUCAAUAUAUUAAAUAUUCUGUUAAUCUGAAAAACACAUGUUUGGUAUUUAAGUUAUCAAUUUUUAUUGUCAUGAAUACUAGUAACAAAAUUAAUGCCUUUAGAUGGAUAAUCGUUCUUACUGCAAUCAGCAUGAUUUGAAAUAGUGAUCAUUUUUCAUUUGAAAAGGUACAUGAGCUUAUUUAAGAUAUCAAAGAAUAUAUCAAUUUUGUGAAACUGACGUCAGAUGUACACUUGUAAACUUGAUCUUAGCAUUUUAUGUUACAAUUUGGCCCCAAAUCAUGAAUAUUUACCUUUUAGAUUUUCAGAAAAUCAUAUUUAAAUAUCACCUUAUAAUUAUUGUAGUUUAUGUUUUUUCAUUACUUAUAAAAUUCUUCAUCCAGCAAGUUACCAGAAUUGUUUUCUUGAACAUUAUUCAGUGAAGGUUUUUGUUUGGAGAUUGUACUCCUUAAUGCAGUGUACAUAAAGAUUUGUAUUUAUUGAUUGAUGAAU